GUCAUGGAGGACAAUCACCGGAAUGUGGCCUCUCUGGAGGCAGAUGGUCCCAAGAACAAGUCUGAGGGGGAACCACAGCAGGUCCCAUUGGAAGGAAAAAAUCAGAGAUGGAUCAAUUGCCCUGUGUGUGGAAAAACAUUCAUUUAUCAAAAAGUGUUUGAUAUACACUGGAGAAUCCACACAGGGGAGAAACCAUAUAAAUGCUUGGAAUGUGGAAAGGGCUUUGCUCAGAGUGCCCACCUUACUGUCCAUCAGCGGACACACACUGGGGAGAAACCAUAUAAUUGCUUGGUGUGUGGAAAGCGCUACGCACGGAGUGGCACACUUAAUAUUCAUCAACGAAUUCACACAGAAGGACUUCUGGUUCCCAAACCUGGUUCUACUUCUUCCCUGCAAGGAAACAGAAAUCCGUUUUUCCAGGACCAAGAAGAAAGAAUGAGAUUGGCUGAUGCAAAUGGUCCCCAGAACGAGUUGGAGGGAGAACUACAGCAGCUCUCAUUGGAAAGAAAUAAGCAGAGAGGAGACGCCGAAAUGAAACAAAAGAGGAGGAAUGAAUCCCAGGAGAUCCUGCUAUACCAUGGAAGAAUCGAUUGUCCUGUGUGUGGAAAAACAUUCACUUAUCAAUCGGUAUUUGAUACACACUGGAGAAUCCACACUGGGGAGAAACCACAUAAAUGUAUGGAGUGUGGAAAGAGCUUUGUUCAGAAGGCACAUCUUAUGCAACACCAAGCAAUACAUACAGGGGACAAACCACAUAAAUGCUUUCAGUGUGGGAGGAGUUUUUCUCGGAGCAACACCCUUACUGCUCAUCAACGAAUACACACUGGGGAGAAACCAUAUACAUGCUUGGAGUGUGGAAAGAGCUUUGCUAGGAGUAUAGCCCUUACAGACCAUCGGCGAACCCAUACUGGGGAGAGACCAUAUAAAUGUUUGGAGUGUGGAAAGAGCUUUGCUCAGAGAGGUAAUCUUACUGCUCAUCGACGUAUCCACACUGCAGAGAAACCAUAUAAAUGCUUGGAGUGUGGAAAGAGCUUUGCUCGGAAUACAGAGCUGACUACCCAUCGACGUGUCCACCAAGGGGAGAAACCAUAUAAAUGCCUGGAAUGUGGGAAGACCUUUGUUGCGAGUCCAGGCCUUAUAGUCCAUCAACGAAUCCACACAGGGGAGAAACCAUAUAAAUGCUUGGAGUGUGGAAAGAGCUUUGCUCGGAAUACAGAGCUGACUACCCAUCGACGUGUCCACCAAGGGGAGAAACCAUAUAAAUGCCUGGAAUGUGGAAAGUCCUUUGUUGCGAAGAGUACAUUUGAUACACACUGGAGAAUCCACACUGGGGAGAAACCACAUAAAUGUUUGGAGUGCGGAAAGACUUUUGUUCAGAAGGCACAUCUUAUGCAACACCAAAGAAUUCACACAGGGGACAAACCUCAUAAAUGCUUUCAGUGUGGGAAGAGCUUUGCUCGGAGUGCCAGCCUUACUGCUCAUCAACGAAUCCACACUGGGGAGAAACCAUAUAUAUGCUUGGAGUGCGGAAAGAGCUUUGCUCGGAGUUCAGCCCUUACUGACCAUCGGCGAAUCCACUCAGGGGAGAAACCAUAUAAAUGCUUGGAGUGUGGAAAGAGCUUUGCUCAGAGAGGUAAUCUUACUGCCCAUCAACGGAUCCACACUGCAGAGAAACCAUAUAAAUGCCUGGAGUGUGGAAAGAGCUUUGCUCGGAAUACAGACCUUAUUGUCCAUCAGCGAAUACACGCAGGUGAAAAAUAUAAAUGCUUGGAAUGUGGAAAGACGUUUUCCCGGAGUUCAGGCCUUAUUGUCCAUCGACGAAUCCACACAGGGGAGAAACCAUAUAAAUGCCUGGAAUGUGGGAAGUCCUUUAUAAAUAGGGACCACUUCGCUAUUCAUCAACGAAUCCACACUGGGGAGAAACCAUACGAAUGCUUGGAGUGUGGAAAGAGCUUUGCUCGGAGUUCACAGCUUACUAACCAUCGACGAAUCCACACUGGGGAGAAACCAUAUAAAUGCUUGGAGUGUGGAAAGAGCUUCGCUUGGAUAUCACAGCUUACUAACCAUCGAAGAAUGCACAAAGGGGAGAAACCAUAUAAAUGCUUGCACUGUGAAAAGAGCUUUGUUCAGAGUUCAGACCUUACUAUCCAUCAACGUAUCCACACUGGGAAGAAACCAUAUAAAUGCUUGGAGUGUGGAAAGAGCUUUGCUCGGAGUUCAGACUUCACAAAACAUCAACGUAUCCACACAGGGGAGAAGCCAUAUAAAUGCCUGCAGUGUGGAAAGAACUUUGCUCAGAUAUCACAGCUUACAAACCAUCAACGAAUCCACACAGGGGAGAAACCAUAUAAAUGCCUGCAGUGUGGAAAGAGCUUUGCUCAGAGAUCACAGCUUACUGUCCAUCAACGUAUCCACACAGGGGAGAAGCCAUAUAAAUGCCUGCAGUGUGGAAAGAGCUUUGCUCAGAUAUCACAGCUUACUAUCCAUCAACGUAUCCACACUGGGGAGAAACCAUAUAAAUGCCUGCAGUGUGGAAAGAGAUUUGCUCAGAGUUCACAGCUUACAAACCAUCAACGAAUCCACACUACGGAGAACUCAUACAAGUGCAUGGAUUGUGGGAAGAUCUUUCCUUGGAUAACAGCGUUCACUCUCCAUCGACUAAUUCACACUGGGUAGAAACUAUAUAAAUGCUUGGAUGGUGGAAAGAGCUUUGCUCAAAAGGCAUAAUUUAUGCUACCCCAAAUAAUUCUUAUAAGGGAGAAACCAUAUAAAUGUUAAGCCAUGCUUUGCAUCCAAGAAUUCGCACAGGGGGAAAACAGUACAAAUAUUUUCAGUGCUGGAAGAUCUUCAGCCUAACCCCCUACCUUACUGGAAAUCAUCAUAUGUGCUAAAUC